GCCACGCAUGUGCCUGUUUGUGACAGCAGGCGUUGUUUGUACCAAGGAGGUAAAGCAGCAAAAGGAAAGGAGCGAGCGCUGAUAGAAAACAGUCGACAGCGGUGGAGUAGCUGCCGCAAAACGAGACGCGCGCGCGCGCGCACGGCUCUAUGAAUGCGAGAAACAAAUAUAUCAAAUCGGGAUUUACGACUGAGGCACGACGAAAAUGAUAAUCUGAAGAGCAAAGAAAGCGCUAGGCGACUGUGACGAAUUUUCAGCGCGUGCGUUUCGCUCUGACGGCUGUCGUGUUAGCGUGAAGAGCUAGAAGUGCUUAUGCCGCCAAAAACCUAGAUAUCAGCAUACAUAGAUAGGAGGUAGCACUAAAAAACGUACUGAGUACAUCAUCGCCAGGGUACCUGCGCGCAUUAGUGUGUGUGCAUGUGUGUGUACGAAUAAGCUGUUGGCAAAAGUACAUGAAGGAAGAAACGUGUCAAGUUAUUGUUGAGAUUUGAUGGCGGCCAGAUGGUAACGGCAGCUUUUGGGUGGACAAUUAGAGAAAUGAUUGCCUUCGCGGUGGCGUAAUGUGACGGUGACAACACUGCAUGCAACUGCUGUCUUUGUUGGAUAGAGCUAGUGGAAAAGAAAAAGUUAAUAAGCAAGUUAAUGUGAAGGAUGCCACGCACUCUGUGAGGAUAUACACACGGGGACCGUACCUAACCUCAAAAACACGACGAAAACCCUCAACAAAGAUCGAAGCAACUCUUGUUGAGGGUAGCGACCACGCACGAAACAAUAUCAAUAACUUCAGCAAAAACUCAGAGCAAUUAGACACAACAGCCAGUUACAACUUUCGUAUAAGUUGACGUCGGCCGAGACCAUUCUGGACCCGACGAUAGGCAAUCAUAUUUAAAAUGGCGGACGGUCCGCGACGGCACGGUUUCCCGGUCUGCCGGGAACCUCACCUCAACACGCUAUCGAGCGUGUGGUACUGCACAGCCGGACUCGCGCUGUCCAUCUACGUAAUAGCGGGCAGUGUGCAGCGCUUUACUAGAUACAUGUCUCUGCCCUGGCCUUCGAGGGACCAACCGUAUAUAGAGCUCAAUGCAUACGUCGCUUGUAUAGGAGCUGGAGUCGUUCUCUUGCCAUUUUUUGUGGCAUCAGCGGUCCUUCAAGUGGGAAACAUGUCGAAUGAUGCGGCAACUGUUGGUGGAGAAGUCGAUGAGGCCACACCUGCACCCGACCCGUCAGCACUCUAUGAGAACCUACCGCGACGCGCGCGUCGUAAACCAGGAAUGUGUGGAGGCGCUUUAAAGCGCUGGCUGAAGGCUGCUUGGCGUCAUGGCGGCCCUACUGCACCAACGUUACACCUUUGGUCGGCUUUUUGCCUGCUUGUGCCUAAAGCAAUUAUGCAUGCUCGUCUUAUCCGACACGGUUUCCUCAAGCGGAGCGACGUGUGGCACACGGACAUGGACUUUUUGAUCCCGCACCGCGAACGUCUCGUUCCCAUACACUUUCUACCCACAGUAAACGAGACAGAACUCUGGGAGCGUGACACACAGGAGCCGUCGAGGCCAGCUAUUAACCAUCUUGAUGUAACUGGCCAUAUUUCAGCUGAGUUUAUCAACUAUGCUCUAGCACUAUUCAUCUACUCUCUGCGUUAUCCUGCCGUAUUCUGGAAGCGAAACAAGUGUUUUUCACUGUUCUUUUCUCUCUAUCUGGUUUUUACGAUGGUUUGCCUCAAGUUACUCGUCUUCACUUCGGUUGGAAUACUGCAUGGUGUACACAUCGUGGGCCAGCGAGACCUCUUGCACCGCUUCGCACCGUUUAUACUCAAUGUGCCUUCAACGCUUGGCCUUUACUUCAUCUAUACGGUCCUCGUCACGGUUUCAGGUUCUCUCGUCUACUCGUAUGGGUUACUUAAAUACUCCGAGUGGAAGUCGAGAACGGCGCUUAAGCACCACAUCACAUGGCAGGGCGCUCAGGCAGGCGGGAUUACGUUUUAUGGUCAUGGGCCGCACAUCUACUCUCUCUUAGUUCUGGUGUCGAUGGUUCUCGUCGGAGCUCCCAUUGUCCAUGAUCUUGUCAAAAUCUAUCAAGCUAGCCUAGAUGGCGUAGUUCUCGUCACGAUUUGCGGAAUUGUUGGACAUAUCGCCAUAUGGAUUCUGAUGUGGCUCCUGUUCACUGUGAAACACGAGUGGGAUUUCUGUGCUGAGAACGGCCCGCUCUCCGAGCACCCGAUGAACUUUUCGACAUCAGCACGUGCAACGGGUCAAAAUCAGUAUAGUUACACGCCCUUGCUGAAAAUUGCUGACGGGCCUGAUCAUCCGUUGCUGGUUGUUGACAACGGGCAAACGUAUCGAGUCAGUGAGAUAUCCUCGAAGAAAGCUAUUCUCGGACUGGCUUCACGUCAACAGCAGGUCCAAAAACUACCUCAUCCUUCCGAGGAUGAAGAUAUCUACUGGCUGAAACCAAGGAUGCCAAUCAAAGAGGGCGACCAGCCUAACAGCCUCUCAUGGCUUCGUUCGCAAAAGCCUAAAAACUAUCAGGGCCAGCCAUUGAUUAAUGGUCAGGCUCCGACCGGGCCUCAGGGUCCACCUGCCAGUGGACCACCGUCGAAACCUAAAGUGACGUUUGAUACUUCGAAUAGUCCAAGUAAAACUCGCAGCGCUGGAAAAAGCCCAAAGAAACUCAAGAAGCCGCCGGCUAAAUUGCCGGAAGAGCUAAAUCAUGGCAAUGAGAUGAGCCCACUGAAAAACUCAUCAUCACUUCGCCGAGAAACAAGCAGCCAAUUUUACAAGUCACUAUGUCCUCUGUCCGACGAGAAUGAAGCUAAUGGCGUUCUUCUUGCGCAGAACGGUGAAUUUGAUCCGUUGACGAUCGACACACAAAAUCCUCAGUUGCGGGGUAUAUUGACCCAGCAAAAUGGCGGUACCCUGAGCCCCGCAACACUCACACCACGGUCAGAUUGUGUUAGCGAUACAUCAACGAGUCCAGAGAAGGGAGGAAGUUCAAAUGACUCAAAUAGCUCAGGCGUGCAUUCCGCGUGCAGCGAUCAGCUCAAGAGGACGAAUUCUCUUGAACAGUUACUUGUUGAAGUCCAAAACCAGAUUCCGCUGCCGCCUACGGCGACGAUACAUCAGCGUUCGGGAUCCGUGCAGCACAACUGGAAGAGCAUGUCCCUCCAGCGCACGACGAUGGGUGGAGUCAACGGGAUAACUCACAAUGGGUACGGGGACGGUACAAACAGUCUUGUUAUCCGGAGGAACGCGUCGAACGUGUGCGAUAUGCAAGCCAGACGACCGCCUAUGCGGUUAACGUCGUUCACCGAACAGCCGGACUUCACCGUUGGACCUACGCGGAUCUUGCCACCAACGGUCCCUUCGCUCCCAUCAAUGCCCAACUUCUCCAAACCGCCUGCGAUGCCACCCCUUCCCCAAAGCGGAUUGCAGCUCUCGGAUAACUCCGACUGGAAUCAGCGAGCCCCAGCAGCCGCACAACAGUAAAUAUAUCAAUAUAAACAGCAAACUAGAAAAACCAACGGCUCACAUGGAAUAGUCGUCUUCGGUGUACGUCGAAACUAAGUUAACAGAUAGGAAACUAAAAAUAUGGAGAAAUAAAGACGAGUCAGAGCCGAAGGGAGUUUGAACUAUGGCUGUGUCUCUGUAAGUAUUCUACACUUAGCGCAAAUAGCGACGUGAUUUAACCUAGGCUAUCUUCAAGUUGAAUCCUGUGUGAAGAAAACAUUCAAAAAUGGAAAGAGAUAACGCGGAAGAGGGAAAAGGUGCGUAAAAGAAAGGAAUAACUUAUUAAAGGAACGCGCCGUUGUCCAGGGCCGCUGGUUGCUUGAAGGCCUUUGCGAAUCGUCAAGUAACUUUUUAAACUCUUCAAAGUGAAUCAGCGACCAAACCGGCAAGACUAAUAGUGCACACACGUAUGCCUAUUUAAGUUUGCUGUACCAUAUAUACAUAUAUAUAUAUAUAUAUAUAUAUAUAUAUAUAUAUAUAUAUAUAUAUAUAUAUAUAUAUUGAGAAAGAAGCAAAGAUACUUAGGAACAAGCCUGAGAAGGUACUUCGGUACCGGAGCAGAGUCUACUCGUGCUACGCGUGUGAGCGUGUUUUAAAGGUUAAACACAGCAGGUGAAUGAGGUGAAUAUGCUACGGUCUCGUACGCCUUUGUUAUUCGCUGUACGAAACGUGCUCCUUGUUCUACAUGUUCUACCAUACUACCAUCUCGGCUGGCGUUACCCCGCCAUGAUCAGCGUCAGUCGUCGAUCCGGAAUCGAAAUACUCAGUAUCUAUACCGCUGUGUCCGUGUAUGUGUGUUUGUCCCAGAUCGGACGAAUGGCCACUGAGCUGUGCCAUAGGCUCAUCGCGAGUCCUGGAGGUAGAGGUAACUCCGCUGUUUGCCCGGUCCUCCUCUCACAUGCUUGCACAAAAUUGUAAAGUUUCCCUAACAGUGAAAAAUAAAUGUAAGAUGACCAAGUCUGUAUCCUCUGCACAUUUACAUUGACUUGUCCGAUCAUGCAAUCUGAGAAAGCCCAUCAGUGACCAGAGUGAGUUCGUCGAUUGAUGCCGAUCAACUUAACAGAAUUUUGCAUUGUGCUGCUAACAAAUUACCCGUAGCAGGAAAUCAUAGCGAUUUUUAUAAUAGGGAAGGUUAAUUUAAAAAAAAAUGGCAGCAAAUAGAAAAAACAAUAAUUAUAUCUAGACUUGACAUCGGUAACGAUCUUAUGUCCCUGAAGCUUAACGACGCACUGCCUGUUACUUCAUUGUUUUUGAGGUUGGGGCAGCUCCAUUUCUGUAAAGAUUCACGCGAGAAACAUUAUACUAUUGAUAGGAAAGCACAAACAUGAGAGUGUUCCGUCAGAGGUGAUCGACCGACUUGAUUAGUCAUCUCAGCCCGAGCUGGACACUUCGCAAUAUCUUAUUAACGAUGCCAUAUAUUUAUGUGAGUACUAAUUAUGAAUGUUAUUUUUAAUAAAUUUUUGAUAAUAUUUCUGUUUUCAUAUAAUUAACAAUCAUAUCGGAUUAAUCGGUUCUAUACUAUCGAUGACGAUAAUAAUCUAGAGAAAAAAAAACAUGCUAUAUUUGUGUAAGUCACUUAAUAUUUGCUAAACAAAGGUAAAAAAUGGAGGUUACCGACCAUUAAGGGCGGUUCAAACGAAAGGCAGCAAAUAAAUAUUCACGUGUAAGAGUCGUAUUCGAUUAGGCGAGUAAAGGGAAAACUAAUAAUAUAUAAGAGACCGACGGUGUUUUCUUUUGAAGGAAAAGCGGCUAAAUUAUGGAGCCGAGGCAAUGAUCUUGCAUUUUUGUAGGAUUAUGCGGCUGGUGGUGGAGCCAUCGUAGAUAAGUUGUCGAAGGCCAAUGCCAUCAGGACCUGAAAGAAGGAUGUAACUGAUCAACAAGUUCAAACAAACCAUACUAUACAAAGAACAGAACGAAAAAAAUCGGCGCUCCCACACCUUCUGAUAUAGUGGUAUUUUUUAUAAAACUAUUUUUUACUCUUAUUUUUAUUGUUCACUCUGUUUUUCUCUGUAAGUUGACUUUCUGUUAAUGACACAUUAAGCAACUCCAAUAGUAUUAACGCUCUAAUCUGAGGAGGAAAAUAGUUAUGUACAUGUAUAUACGGUAUAUUUACAGCUAAUGCCAUUCUAUCUGAGCGUUCGUUGAUCGAGACGUUCUCCCCCCUCAGCAUGAGCAGAAAUGGCGUCAAAACUCUAUACAACAACAGCAUGUAUGUACAUGGCGUAUACGAACAAGACUGAAAAUCUAUCAGUACACCCGAAUAUCUCUACAUGCACAUAGGGUAAAGCGUGUGUAUUGAUAUGUUAACGUCUCCCUUUGUAAAUACAAUUCUCUAACCGUCGGCGACAACACUGAGUGUGUCCGUUAACACAUUUGCAUUUUUUGGCAAAGCAAUAACUGUCAAAAUGCAAGAAACUAAAACUAAUCCCAGGUUAAAUUCGACAGACAGAAAUAGGAACUAAAAGUGAGCAGAGUUUGUAUGUGAUGAGAUAAAAGUGAAGUAACUAAGAACGGCUGUCGUACGAUCGACGGCUGUAGUCAACGGUCAACAAUGCUACAUGCGGAUGUGGGACGAUGGUAGCCGUUAAAGGGAAGCGGCGGAUAAAGGACGCGCACCAUGGCGAUAUGAAUCCUUUAAGUGUCUUGGGUUCGGAAAGCAACGUGAACGCUUAGGCACAUCCCAAAGCAAUUAGAAUGUACACUAUUAUAUAAUAUAUAUAUAUAUAUAUAUAUAUAUAUAUAUAUAUAUAUAGACAGUCUAAAGCGACUACAAGAGAGAACCACGUCUUUAUGGGCUAUUCUGCUACUGCUGUAAUCUUAACGCAACAGUAUUUAUGAGAAUGAUAACAGCAGCGAUGACUGAUAGUAAGUACAUACUAACGAAUGAAAUGUAUAAAUCAAGAUAAGAUAAUUGAAGGAAAACAUCUCAGAUGGGCGAACAUACGACAAUUUUCCAAAUACUGGUUGUUUUCAACUACGAUAUGUCAAGUAAACAAAUCAUCAAUUUAAGCGUACUUGAGAGAUCAUCACGCCCAGUACAGAAUUGCGUGAAUUUCGGGUUGCCCAGUUGUUAACCGACCGUAUUGUGGGGUUGUCGGUCUCUCUCAGGAGGCGAACGUGAAAUGGGGAAAAAAAAAUGGGCUGAUGUAUCGUAUGCCGAAAAAUAAGCGUCUGCCAUAAGCUAGUUCUCAAAUGCGUGGUUCACUUUUGUCCAUCAGCAAACCUGUGCUUAGCGUAAAAUCUGUUACAGGCAACACAAUACAAUAUGGCAUUAGGUAAACGAUACAUUUGGUUUCCAUUGUGUUAUUUACGAUGCUGUGGAGAAAGUACUGCCUAGGUAUUACGAGAAAGACAAUAAGGUGAAAUUUCCCGCUGUAUAGUAUACAAUGCGCCCGCGUGAACAUGUGUACACGAAUGAAAAAUGCCGCAAAGGCAGCAAAUACUAUGAUUGAAAUUAUUACAUGAAGGCGAUGAUUAUUAAAUAAUAAUAAUAAUAAAUUAAUUUAAUGCUCUAUUAUUUGUACUG